UCGCCCCGGCCGUCCCCGUCGUCCCUCCCCUCUCCGUCCACCGCUGCCUGCGAGUGGGGAGCGAGCUCGCCAGAUAUUUUUACCCGCGUCGCCUCCGCCUCCUCGCCGUUCCGGGCGCACGAGCGGUGGGAAGCCAUGAACUGCCUCCAGAACCUGCUCAAGGAGCCUCCAAUCGUAGGAUCCAGAUCCAUGAGGCGGCCCUCUCCGCUCAAUCUGGCGAUGGUUCGUGGCGGGAGUCGCCGAUCAAACACCGUCAAAACUAUGCAGCCACCUGGGGCGUCCACUUCUGGUGCCGAGAGCAGUGCAGUGGAGGUGGGCACGGAGAAGUCUGAAGUGUACAGCACUAACAUGACACAGGCUAUGGGAGCAGCGUUGACAUACAGACAUGAGCUCGGGAUGAACUACAAUUUCAUACGCCCAGACUUGAUUGUAGGCUCCUGCUUACAGAGUCCUCUUGAUGUUGAUAAGCUUCGGAAGAUUGGUGUCAAAACUAUAUUCUGCUUGCAGCAGGAUUCGGAUCUUGAAUAUUUUGGAGUCAACAUCCGUGCCAUUCAAGAUUAUUGUCUACAAUUCAAAGAUAUUGAGCACUGCCGUGCUGAAAUUAGGGAUUUUGAUGCUUUUGAUUUGCGAUUGAGGCUUCCUGCUGUGGUUAGCAAAUUGCACAAGCUUGUCAACUGUAAUGGUGGCGUAACAUAUAUUCAUUGCACUGCUGGACUUGGAAGAGCUCCUGCUGUGGCACUCGCUUAUAUGUUCUGGAUUCUUGGGUACAGUCUUAAUGAAGGACAUCAGCUACUUCAGAGCAAAAGAGCUUCCUUUCCAAAGUUGGAAGCCAUUAAGUUGGCAACUGCUGACAUUCUGACGGGAUUAUCCAAAAAUACAAUCACUUUGAAAUGGGAAGAUGAUACUUCGUCUUCUGUUGAAAUUUCUGGGCUCGACAUUGGCUGGGGUCAGAGAAUUCCUUUGACAUAUGAUAAGGAGAAAGGAGCUUGGUUUCUUGAGAAAGAGUUGCCCGAAGGACGGUAUGAAUACAAAUACAUAGUGGAUGGCAACUGGCUGUGCAAUGAGCAUGAGAAUAUAACCAAACCGAAUGCCGACGGCCAUGUGAACAACUUUGUCCAGGUCUCAAGGGACGGUACGAGUGAUGAAGAGAAGGAACUAAGGGAGCGUUUGACGGGCCCAAACCCUGAUCUUACGGAUGAGGAAAGGCUGAUGAUCAGAGAGUACUUGGAACAAUACGUGGAGGCUGAGCAAUAGGAGGUCCAGUUGAGAUGAAGCUAGUGGCUGGGUCCGGCUUUGGCGUCAGGGAACAACACAAUGAAGAGGCGAUGGACCUUCCCGGGGGAAAAAAUUGUUGUUGUCCGCUGUCAAUAGUAGCUUAACCGUGGAAAUGGGCUCAUUGUGCAUAGAAGGAGCAAUCUGUGUUGUUGACACCGUUGCGACCGCAUAGAAAAUAAGUAUUUGUAAAGUCACCAGCAUAAAAUAAGUAGCGUAUGGUCCUGAAUAAAUUGAAUGUAGCUUUUGUUCUUUGUUUUUC